AUGUCGUUCCCAACACGAUCCCUUUCAACUCGGCUCCCCGGGGCGGGGUCGCAUAAUGCUUCAGCGGGCCCGUCGCCCAUGCUGGUUGCGCGUAUCGCCGAGAAGAAGGCUGAGCUGGAGCACCUGAGGGAGCUUCGCGACCUCAGCGCUGCCGUUGCAGGCCAAAUGGAGGCUCUGGAGCAGAAACUAGCGACUCUUUCGGACGGAACAGAAGCAAUUGCCAUGGUCGUUGGCAAUUGGCAUAAUGUGCUGCGUGCCAUCAACAUGGCUUCCGCCCAGCUCGCCAAGCCGCAAGGAGAAGAACCGUUGGAACCGGAAGGCGCCAGCCUAUCUCUCCCUCAGACGCUGGUUCGCAUUCCGACGGAGCAUGCCCCAACACUGCAGGCGCAGACCGAAACCAUGGCCGAAUCCGCAGACAACAGCAUGGCUACUCCGUGA